AUGCGGUUCUCCACUCUCUUGCCAUUCUUUACGGCGGCUGCCCUUGCGCAGUACAGCUCUCCGUCAAACUGGACUGCUGGGCCUGACAAGGACGGCAAGUACGAAAUCUCGUCCGAGGGCAUCCGUGGUCACUUUAUUGCGUACGGCGCGUCCAUUUCCAACCUCUUUAUCCAGGGCAAGGACGGCGUAGAGCGUGACAUCGUCCUCGGCUUUGACAACGCGACCGCUUAUGAGGGCGAGGUCCACCCCCACUUUGGCGGUGUACCGGGUCGUUACGCCAAUCGCAUCAAGAACUCAACAUUCGAGAUCGAUGGUGAGACUUUCCACAUCCUGCCGAACGAGAACAACAACAACAACACUCUGCACGGCGGACCGGAUGGGUGGGACUACCGUAACUUCACGGUCGUGUCGCACACUAAAGACUCCAUCACCUUUUCCAUUGUCGACCCUGACGGCAAGGAGGGCUUCCCAGGCGAGGUUGUGAGCUAUGUUACUUACACCAUGACACCAAACACCUGGAACAUCAAGAUCGUGGCUCUUGCAACCACCAAGAAAACGCCCAUCAUGCUGACAUCCCAUACCUACUGGAACCUGGAUGGCUUUGGUAACCCCGACGACGAGACUGCUCUCAACCACACUUUCUACAUGCCCUACUCUGGCCAGCGUGUCGGUGUAGACGCCAUUCUUAUCCCCGAUGGAAGCAUCCUUGCAAACGAAAAGUAUUCGGUCAACGACUUCUGGUCAUCCCCCAAGCAGAUCGGUGCCAACUCCAGUGCGCCUGAGCUACUCGGUAACUGCGGUACCAACUGCACUGGUUACGACAAUUGCUACAUCGUGAACCGCGACCAAGGUGAAGUCCUCGACUGGGUCAACUCUGGACCCGUCGCUACCUUGUCUAGCCAGUGGUCUGGCAUCAAGCUGGAUAUCUACACAGAUCAAGAGGCCUUCCAGAUGUACAGCUGUCCUGGCCAAGAUGGCACGAUCCCUUACAAGUCUACUCAAGGUGCCGAGGGCGGUAGUGGACUGGUCCCCAAGUACGGAUGCAUUGUGAUGGAGGUUCAGGACUGGAUUGACGCUAUCAACCAGCCUGCGUGGAUGCGAGACAAGAAGCAGAUCUUCGGUCCUUCCACUGGUGCCUUCAACCUUCAGGCCAAGUACGUCUUUUCCAAGACCAACUAA